AUGAGUGCUCCUCCGCCAGGCGUGAGCCCUGCCUCGCGACAGCCAAGCACAACUCCCAAUAACGGUCAAGGUGCUCUCCGUCGCAGAAAGCCUACUGGUCCAUUCGCGCCCAAGCCCUCUCGCAACCAAGCAAAGCGCCCUCCGGCUCCACCGCCGCAAAAGCUCACUGGCACCACCAAGCCUCUCGCCGCCUCGACCGUUCAGGCACAACCCGAACCAGAGGAUGACCCCUCGACGUACAACGAAAUCCCGCUCAUGGCCACAAAGAAGGCCCUUCUUGAAGGUCUCCGUUUCCAUGCCAUCAAGUUCAUCUCCAACAACGUCGUCAAUCCUUAUGACAAGGAACAAUUCGAGCGACCUGUAAAACUCCACCGUCGUUUCCCUCAGGAUACUCCUAAUACACCUGUCGACGCCAACCCAGAAGAUGACAAGGAACGUGAGAAAGAGGCUAUCCGCAAGGCAGAGAAGGCUGCAGAAAGAGAGGCUACUCAGGCUCAGAUUGCCCCGACCGACAAGGCAGCAGCGGCGAAGAAGCGCCAGCCAUUCAAAAAGAAGACUGAGGACGUCUAUUAUCCCACAGAUACACCCGAAGCUCAGAAGCGCGCCAGAUUGCGCUACGAAGAAGGCCGCCCUUGGCAUCUUGAAGACUUUGAAAACAAGAAUAUCUGGAUUGGUACAUAUGAAGAGCCUCUUUCCGAAUCAAAUGUCAUGUUUGUAUUCGACAACGGCCGCUUCCGCAUGGUUCCCAUUGAAAAAUGGUAUCGCUUCAACCCUACAGGCCGCGUCCCACUACUUUCUCAGGCUGAGGCAGAUGCUGUCAUGGAGAAACGUGAAAAAGGUCCUAGAUGGUUCUUGGAAAACGAGGCUGGCCGCGAGAAGAAGCGUGCCGAGCUUGCAAGACAACAACGUCUGACUAAAGGUAGAGUGGGUACUCGAGAUGAGAACCGUCGCGUCAAAGAUGAAGACGACGAUGGUGACAUGGAAAACGUGGACAUUGCCGACGACGUGGACGAGCUGGACUUUGAGGCCGAAGACGAAUUCCAGGACGACGAUGAGGGCAAACUGUUCGGAGACGAUGAAGAAGAGGCCAAAGAAGCUGCAACAAAACUCAAGAAAGAACGACAUGAAGCCAACAUUUUUGCUGGUACUGGUGUCAAGGAUGAAAAAGAUUGGUAUGAAGAGGAGCAACUAGAGAAGCAAAGGGAGCGUGAAGAGAAGAAGAAAGCAAAGAAACUGCGUAAGAAGCUGGUUAAGAUUGAGAAGAACUAUGAAUACGACGACGAUGAGAGUGACAACCCAUUCUCGGAAGAGGAAGAGUCAGACGACUCAGACAUUGAGCGUCAACGCGAAGAGGACGAACGAAAGAAGGAGGAAGAACUCAAGGCCAACGGGGACAAACAGCCAUCCCAAUCGUCGACCAACGCCAAUACUCCUUCAGGUCGUGCUGAGAAGCAUGCCAGUGGCCUCCUUCCAAAACAAUCCAUGUCGAGCCUUAAGCGUCCUGGCUCUCCCAACUUGUCAGAGACCAGUGGCAGCGAGUCCAUCAACCGCAAGCGUAUCAAGAAGGAUAAUCUUGGUGCCACGUCUCCUAUGGGUCGUCACGCCGGCUCAGGCAGCGACACGGAGACUGAAAGACGUCGUACUGUGACCCUAAACCCUAGAUCCACCCCCGGAUCACCCGGCAAUGCCACUCCCCUUGGUUCACGCGCUGGAAGUCCCGUACCCAUGCCGACGGCAGACGAGAUCAGAGCCGCCAUUCCUCCUGCUGGUAUUAGUAUUCCAGAGUUGAUCAAGCGGUUCAGAGAACAAGUGCCUAAGACCAAGGAAGGAAACAAGGCUUUCAUUCAAUUGGUACUGAGUGUAGCCAAGGCCAUGCCAGGUGCUCCUGGUCUUGUUGGUCUCAGGUAG